CAAAUUUGAUUCGACCAAUUUUUUUCUGAGAGUAGUUCUAAGGUCUAGUAACUUCCUAGAAAUAUUCUCCUCUUCAUUCUACAUCUAGCCUUUGAUUAGUUGAUGAAAUUCAAGCAUGGGCUGAUUUCAUCAGAUAAUCGCCCCCGUUCUUUUGAUUAUCGAUGGUUUUUUGCUGAAAUCGGUCGAUUAACUGUGAAAAAAUUAUACAUAAAAAUCGUGGUUAAGUACAACUGAUCAGCUGAUUAACCAUGUACUUAAUCGAUGCAAACGCGCAGGAUAUAAGAAAUAUCUUCACAAUAAUCCUGAGUUCCACAUGACUCACUCGAAUUAAGUAACUCAGGUCAGUUUAGUCUUUUAUCUCGAGCUUGAAUUCCAGUCAAAUUUAUAGAAAAAUGUGACUCGAGUAGACUUGCGUUCGAGCCGAGAUUUGAACUCCCCAUUGUCUACCAGAAAAAUGAGUAGUCACCAAGUCUUUAUGCCUUCGCCAAUUCACUUCUCCGUCAUCUUUCGUCUACUUCUGUGAUCCACCAUUUUAUUAGCUCAUCUUAAAACAACAAUUGCUCUUAACACAUGACAUAUCAAUCGUUUUCCUUUGACAGAUUUUUCACAGAAUCAAAACAGAUUUAAAGAAAUAAUCGAAAAUUUAUAUAUAUUUUUUAUUUAGAUUAUUUGAUGUCGGCGGUUCACCAGCAACAACCAGAUACUUAUUUUUAGGAGACUAUGUCGAUCGUGGUUAUUUUGGUAUUGAAUGUGUAUUAUAUUUAUGGUCAUUAAAAAUCCAUUAUCCUAAAACAUUUUUUCUCUUACGUGGAAAUCAUGAAUGUCGACAUUUAACCGAUUAUUUUACAUUUAAACAAGAAUGUUUAGUAAAAUAUACGGAACAAAUCUAUGAUGCAUGUAUGAAUGCAUUUGACUGUUUACCAUUAGCGGCCUUAAUGAAUAAACAAUUUUUGUGUGUACACGGUGGUUUAUCACCAGAAAUUCAUACAUUAGACGAUAUUAGAAAGAUUGAACGUUUUCGCGAACCUCCACCAUAUGGAGCGAUGUGUGAUUUAUUAUGGUCAGAUCCGAUUGAAGAUUAUGGCAAUGAAAAAGAUGUGUCACAACGUCGCACAAGCGUUCCAUUAAAUAAUACAACAAAUACAUCAUCUACUACAUCAUCUACAACAUCAAUAAGUUCAAAUUUAGAUGAAAAACUUUUUCUUCACAAUUCCACUCGUGGAUGUUCUUAUUUUUACACCUAUCAAGCUAUAAAUGAAUUUCUGUUACGUAAUCAUAUUUUAUCUGUGAUACGUGCCCACGAGGCGCAAGACGUAGGAUAUCGAAUGUAUAAGAAAUCACAAGAAACAGGAUUUCCCAGUUUAAUAACAAUAUUUAGUGCACCGAACUACCUGGAUGUUUAUCAAAACAAAGCAGCUAUUAUGAAAUAUGAAAAUAAUAUCGUAAAUAUUCGUCAGUUUAACUGUUCACCACAUCCAUAUUGGUUACCAAAUUUUAUCGAUGUAUUUUCGUGGUCGUUACCAUUUGUAGGUGAAAAGGUAAUCGAUGUUCUUCUACAUAUUUUGAACAUUUGUACAGAUGAAGAAUUGGCCGAACAUGAUCAAAUGAUUGAUAGUUUAAUUGAAAAAAAUAAUCGUGAACAACGAAAAGAACAAAUACGAAAUAAAAUACGAGCUCUAGGAAAAGUAGCAAAAGCUUAUCAAUCGUUGAGAGAAAUAAGUGAAAAUGUUGUUACACUUCGAGGUUUGGCACCGACUAAUUAUACAACAACAAAAGACGGUGAUGAGGUAGUAGCAACUGAACACGAUACAGAACAAGCAGCUAGUAUUCUAAGAGAAAAAUCUCAUUCAACAAAAGAAAGAUUUUCGAAAGCAAAAAUGUUAGAUAAAGUCAAUGAACGAUUGCCGCCAACACGACAACAAUCAAAAGAUGAACCAGCUCAAAAACCAUCUAAAACAUCUGCUACAGAUACUUCUUCAACAUCAACGCCUACUGAUUACGAGAAGAAAAUCAAACGUACAAUUGUUACACAGGAACAACCUAUCGUGAAAAAAGAGAUGCCAUCGGCAGCGUUCAUUGGCGCAACAACACAAGGGCUCGUUAAAAUGAGACGAGAGAGUUAUGCUGGAGUUGGACAAAAUUCAGCAGAUCCCUCUUCUACCGCCGCAUCAACAGUAAAACGAACAUCAACAAUAACACAUGAUAAUGUCAGUAAUGGAAAUAUAAAAAGUGAUAUGAAAAAAGAUGAUACACCUUCAGUGAAAAGUGUCAAAGAAAAAAGCCAUUUAUUCAACAAAAAAUAG